CUCUACACCUAUGAUUUAGUCUUUUUGCUAUAAUACAUUGUUUUUAUCACAAACCACAAAAAAAUUUAAGUGUCUAAUGCUUAAUCGUUGACUGUGCAAUAUUUCUUUUGUGUUCUUUUUACGUGCAAAUUAUUGAUUAAACAUACUCAACUAACUCUAAUACUACAAACAUACACCUGAAACACCGAGGCUGAAUUUACAGCUACAACACACUGGAAGCCUUUAUCGAUUUCACCUAAAAUGUAUAAAUACAGUGUAUUAAUACAAUAAAAUUUAUAUAACUACAUAUUGUUAUAUCCAUGCAGAAUUAAUCCAAAACCUCAUCAUACUCCGAAGAAUUCAUAUCAAUGAUCCCAUACAUUGUAAAACAUUUAUGAAUUAUACAAAUGAAAAAAAUAACGGCCAUAAACUGAACUUACGGAUAACACACACACACACAGCAGCAGCGCUUAGAUAAUGGAAGUAUCGGCCGAUCCCUAUGAUCCAUACGAGCAGAAAUUGUAUCAGAUGUUCCAGAGCUGUGAGACAUCAGAUCGUAACAAUGGCCUGCUCGACGAAGUCUCACUAACACGCCUUUGCCAGCUGCUCCAGUUACGUGACCAGGGCUCGGCGCUGAUCUCCAGCCUAACUGCGAGCAGUCCCAGCUCCAAGUUGGGCGUUUCGUUCGAACAAUUUAAAGUGGCGCUGCUGAACUUUCUGGGCCCCGAAUUCGAGAGCUCGUCGCGGUCCGCAUUGAGCACAGCAUCUGGAUUUAAAGAACGUUCCUUGGUGAUUAGUGACGAGUCAGCUACCAAAUUCUACUCUGAGAUACAGCCUGAAGGCGACGCUUCCGAUCGUGAGGUUUCUCCCAAACUGAUAGUGGGCACCAAGAAAUAUGGACGUCGCUCACGGCCACAUCAGAUUCUAGGUCUCGACGUUACGGACUCGGACAAUACGGACGAGGAUCAGCACAAGAGCCUAAACGGCUGCAGCGAUCACACCGUGCAAGUGCAACGCUCAUCCUCACAAAGCGAUCUUCCUGGCAGUCGAGUCUUGCGCUCCGUCCACUACAGUGGGAGCAAGCUCAAGCGGUGCGCCUCGCUACCGGCACGCAAAAAUAUGCACUCCAAAAUGAUGACAACAUCAGCAACAACGAGCGCCACAACGUCCUCGACAGUAGGUACGCAAGUCGGUAAUAGCAGCAAAAAAUGUAAUCUUAGAGAGGCACAAAAGGAGUGCAGUAGCGUGGAAUCGCUGGAAAUGAUGACGCCACAUCAACUGGAAACGAUCAGUGCUCACAGCCUCAUUGAGACCUGGGAAAUGGCGAAUAUCGUUAAUAGUGUGGGUCUAUUGCAUGCCCUGGGCUUCGACGAUGAGGAUGAGGAGGUGAACAUUAAUCAGUUGACCAAAGUGCUUGAGGAAGAAUUGCGUGGACUGGAGCACGAUCCAAAUACGAAUGUGCUGCGUGCGCUAAUAGCGCUGCAAGCUGUUGAACUAGGCUCGCUGCGUCAGGCAUAUCGUCAGCAAUAUCAGGAGAAUCAGAAACUGCGAUCCGAUAACAAGGCGGCCAAUCAGCGCGUGGCGAUGUUGGCAGCCGAGGUGGAUGAGCGGCAUGCCAUAUUGGAGGACAACUGCAAGCAGGAGGUGCAACAGCUGGAGCAACGGCAUGCGAGUAUGGUGCGCGAAUUGACGCAGCGUAUUACAAGCGAUCGUGACCAUUGGACCAGCAUGACAGCAAAAUUGGAAGCUCAGAUUAAGAGCCUCGAGCAAGAGGAGAUUAAGCUGAAGACUGAGCUAGAACUGGUGCGCACUGAAAAUAGCGAACUGGAGAUGGAGCAGCAGAAGGUCCAUCUGCAAAUGACUGAGCUACUGGAGCAAAACAUUAAGUUGAACAAGGAAUUGGCCAUGUCCGAGCCCAUUCGGUCCGAAACGAAAUCAGAAAACAACGAUCAUGCUGUCAUUGGGCGAGAUAAGUCCACUGACGAUGAUGAAAUGCUGCACGUUAUGGAGAAGAUGACUGCAUUGCAAAUGGAGAACGCACAGCUGCGCGACAAAACUGAUGAGCUGACAAUGGAAAUCGAGAACUUAUACGUUGAUCUGGCACGCACAAAGUCUAGAAAAAAGCAAGCUGCUUCUCCUACUGCUGCGAAUGCGUCUGCUGCGGAGUCAACCGAAGGCGAAGAGCUGGAGGCUGUUGGCGUUGCGCUGGCCACGAAACGGCGAGGUGACUCACCAAGCAAGCCGCACAUAACUGGGGAAAGCCCGCGGCAGGGAAAACAGCGCAAGUGUUCGGAGGCAGGCGAGGUUAGUGAUAAUAGCGGCGAUUGGCUAGCGCUCAAUUCAGAAUUGCAACGCUGUAAGAAUCAUGAGGAAGAGAUUGCGUCGCUACGGCGAACCAUAGAGCAGUUGGAGCAAGAACUGCAGGCGGCAACUGCCAAGUCAACGGAGAGCAGCAGCCGUGCCACGUCGCCGGAGACACGCUGCAAGGAGCUAGAGAGCAGUUUAGAGCAAAUGCAGCGAGCUUACGAGGACUGCGAAGAUUACUGGCAGGCCAAACUAAGCGAGGAGCGGCAGAUGUUUGACAAAGAGCGCCACAUAUACGAAGAGGAGCAGCUGGAAAGUGACAAAAAGUUCACGGAGCUGAUGGAGAAGGUGCGCGAAUAUGAGGAACAGUUCAGCAAAGAUGGUCGGCUGUCGCCAAUCGAUGAGCGCGAUAUGCUGGAACAGCAAUACGUGGAGCUCGAGGCGGAGGCCGCAAGUCUGCGGAGCAACUCAAUUCGCAUGCUAGAGGAGAAAUCUCAACAGAUUAGCGCAUUACAGAGCGAGAUCGAAGAUUUGCGUACACGUCUAGGCGAAAGCGUGGAAAUCCUAACUGGUGCAUGUGAGAUCAACUCUGAUGCACUGCAGCAGAUCAGUGGGCAGUCGGGCCAAAGGCCUGCCAGCUCACCCAUCAGUUACCUGUGGCACCAGAGCACAAUCCAGGAGCCGCUGAAAACAUUUGACGGUGCCAGCGAGGAAAACAGCGCCAAGGUCUUGGCUCUGCUUGGCGAAUCGCCAACUCACAAAGCGACCAGCCGUACUACGCCAGUUGAUACUUCGCCAUCGAGCCCCUCGCUUACAAAUACUGACACCAAAUAUGCUUCGUCGGUCAGUAUUUGCACGCCGGCGCCCAUUUGUAAGCCCAAAUCGCCGCCGUCUGAGGGCGAAAUCGCUGAUAGCGAGACAUCGUCAACAGCAUCGAACAAGAGCUUUGACUCGCGAAGUAUUGUGUCGACGAGUAAAGCCUCUUGCUUAAGCAACGAGAAAUGCAAUAGCCCAAGUGUCCUUAAGGAGGAAUUAAAGCGUCUCAAGUUCUUUGAGCUUUCGCUCAAGGAGCAGAUCAAGGAUCUGAGCCUGCAACGUGACGGUUUAGUCAUGGAACUGCAACAGUUGCAGGAAGCACGUCCCGUUCUCGAGAAGGCAUAUGCGCGAACUACACAUCCGACACUUCAGCAGCGACUUAAUCAACUCGAGUUGCGCAAUCGUCAUUUACAGAAUGUAGUUAAACAGCAGCAAAAAUAUACCGAGUCCCUGAUGCAGCAAUCGUGGCGUCAGCAUCAAGUGGAUCUCAACGAAUUGCAUAGCCGCAUCGAAGCACAAGCCGUUUUAAUUGCCGAUCAGACACAGCGUCUGCAGAACGCCGAUAUUCUUGUGAAGGAUUUGUAUGUGGAGAACUCGCAUCUGACUGCCACAGUGCAGCGCCUGGAGCAGCAAAGGGCGCGAGUCAAUCUCAUUCAUCAACAGCAACAGAAACAACAAAUUGGCGCUGCGCUGAGCUCUGGAAUUCCUUAAAAAUUAUGCAGCAAAAAAGCAGAAAACUACAACGGAAGCACAUCGAAGUUAUACGUGUAUAUUAAUCAAUAUACUCGGCACUAUUGCUGCAGUGAUAUUGUUCAAAAUAUGAAAUACAUAUAUUUAUUUACAUGCUAUUUACUUGUUUUGUGUGUGUAUGCCCGUAUAUAACUAAUAAUGUUCUCUAUAUGAAUAAGUUUUCAACUUAAGAGCACCGAUAGAAGCAUCUAUGUACUGAAUAGAACAAUUCUCUGUACUGACUUAUAAAUCAGUAAUCAACUAAUCGAACUUUAUAUUUUGGUAUAUACCAAUGUUGACCUUAUAAACUAAAACAAAAAAAAUAUAAAAAAAGACACAAAUUAAUAGAGUUAACACUAAAAAUAGAUAACAGUAUUUUAAAUCCAUUGUACAUGUUAAAGAAACGAAAGACCAA